AUGUCUGGAGGCUGGAACACGAUCGAGUCGGACGCGGGUGUCUUCACGUACCUCAUCGAGAAGCUCGGGGUCAAGGAUGUGCAGUUUGAGGAGCUCACGACGCUCGACGCCGACGAGCUGCGGGCGCUCGGCGACGUGUACGGCGUCAUCUUCCUGUUCAAGUACCCGACGGGUGAAGAGGCGAGCUCCGUGCCCAGGGACGGCAGGUACGACCACGAGGCCGCCCGCGAGCUCUUCUUCGCGGCGCAGACGAUCCAGAACGCGUGCGGGACCCAGGCGCUGAUCUCGGUGCUGCUGAACAAGGAGGGCGAGGUGGACAUUGGCAAGGAGCUGAGCGAGUUCAAGGCGUUUGCCGGCGAGUUCCCGCCCGAGCUGCGCGGCGAGACGCUGUCCAACUCGGACCUGAUCCGCGAGACGCACAACUCGUUUGCCCGCUCGUCGCCCUUUGUCGACGAGACGCAGCGCACGGCGACCGAGGACGACGAUGUGUACCACUUUAUAGCCUACACGUCCAUCAACGGCAAGCUCUACGAACUCGACGGCCUGCAGCCCGCGCCCAUCCUGCACGGCGCCUGCACCAACGACGAGUUCCCGUCCAAGAUCAUCCCCGUGCUGCAGCGCCGCAUCGCGCGCUACCCGGCGACGGAGAUUCGCUUCAACCUCAUGGCGUGCGUGCGCGAUCUGCGGCUGCGCGCGCGCGAGCUUGGCGACGACGAGGGGCUCGAGGACCAGGAGGACAAGCGGGCACAGUGGCUGUGGGAGAACUCUCUGCGGCGCCACAACUUUGUCGGCUUCGUGGGCGAGCUGCUCAAGGGCGUGGUCAAGGCCAAGCUCGAGCAGGGCGGCGGCGCCUACGACAAGUGGGUCGACGAGGCCAAGGGCCGGACCAAGAAGCGGAGGGAGGACGCGAGGAAGCAGGGCGUGGCGGUGGAGUGA